UCUUUCUCUCUUUCCUGUCUUUGCGUUUUAAAAUGCAUGUUUCUCUGAUGGUUUUGCUUUUUCUUUUUUCAUUUUUGGCUUUUAUCAUAAUUUAUUUGCAUUUUUGGGGAUGAAUGCUGGGUUUUCUCAAAUGGGUUUUUGCUUCACUUUGAGUUUCUUUUAUGGAUUCUAUGCUACAUUUGUGAAAUGGGUUUGCUUGGAUUUUUUUCCUCUAAUUUUUGAAGUGGGGAUAUGUUGGAUUUGUAUUUUGAACUGUAACUGAAAUGGUAAAUUGAGGGAGUGAAGUUGUGGGCUCUGAAUGAAACGGAGGGUCACUGUGUUUUAAUUUUUUUUUCCUUUUUAUGCUUUUUGAUUAGCAUAAAAAUCCAUGCUGAAAAACAUAUAGAUUAUGAUCUCCUUUCCUUGUUGCUAGAUCCAAAUGGUACAGGUGUCCUUUUUAUUUUCGACAUGUGAUGUUUGUUUGGCUCACUAUUAUUGGAUCCAAUGCUUCAAUUUUGCUUUUUUUUUGCUUUACUUGUGAUGUGGAAAUGUUUACUGUUUGCUGUCAUUCAUCUGGAUAAUAUUCCAUUGCCUUUUCCCCCUUAUAUCUAUGUAGUUUUAUGUAUUGUGUUGGUGAUUUAAUUCCUAACUUAUUUGUUGAAACCCUAUUUAAGAUGUUGCUUAGUGCUGGUAAAAUGUAGCAUGGAUUCCAUUUUUAGGGAGCCUUGGAAUUGGCAUGGGGAGAAUGGUGUUCAAAAGAACUCCAAUUUUGAUACCUCCCAAGAUGUAUGGACUCAAGUGACCUUGAACGAGGAGGACCUUUCCUACAUGUUUGAUGAAACAACCCCUGUAAAGGAAUGUGGGGAUCUGUCAUACCAUGUUAGUCAUAAUGAUAAUAUAAGCAAGGAACCAGAGGAUAAGAAGGAGACAUCUUCACAAGUUAAAAGGCGUAGAAUGCUUCAAUUUGACACUCAUGCAGUAGAUUCUUCCCUUGUCUGUGAAGAGAUGCCAUCUGCAUUCCUAAAAUCAAGGGAGAGGGAUGAUUCAAUUGAAGAGGUAUUACCUGAUGCAUCUCAGUGGGUUGCUGGAUUUUCAGAAGAUGCAUCAGCUUUCUGUUAUGAGGGCCUAGAUCAGUCGUGUGAAGGGUGGCUUGCUGAAUAUUUUAAUGAUGCAGAGAUGCUACGUAGUUCUGAUGAUAUGAAUCUUACUGGGGCAUCUGAUGUUCAAAUUGAUAUUUCAGAGUUGUGCAAUGCCCAACCUGAGUCCGGGCUUGAUGCUGUUCAAAAGCAGGUGAAUGGGACUCAUCGAAAUGUUAUUUUCAAAGGUAGGAAGUCUUUCAUACGUGCCCCCCCUAAGCUAGCAUCAUCUGUUGCCUACCCAUUUGCUUUCAUUAAACCCUGUGGUUUCCAUGGGGAUGUUACCCUGAAGGAUAUAAACCAGAGAAUACAAACUCCACCACCAUCAAAAUCGAAACAAAGCAACGAAGAUCUCACUGCCGCUUUUCCGACUUCUGCUUUUUCUGGGAAGCCUGUUGUUGGUAAAACUAAAAUUCGUACUGAAGGAGGAAAAGGCAGCAUCACAAUUAUGAGAACCAAAGGAUAAGUGUUCUUCUGAACAUUCUUUUUUGUGGCCCUUUAAUCUCCCUCUUGGUUUAAUCUGGUGGUCGAGUAUCUCAGUAUUAUUCCUUUGUCUGACAAGUAUAGAAGCUGAUAUUAUGUUUUUUGUUGGACGUCUUGGAAUUCAUAAUACACAUCAAAGUGUUUAUGUUUCCGAGUAGUAUUCUAGGUGUCAAAUAGUUGUUAUAUGUGGUGGCUUUUUUUUAGGCUAUAAAUGGAAGUCAUGAUGUCUGAGAUCAAUCUAUUUUCUUAUUGGUUUCAGAAAAAACCUAAUUAAUGCUUUUACUAACAUGCAGAACUUUUGUAUUUUGCAUAUUGUGGAAGCAUAAGCUUGUCCGGUUGAACCUCUCUCUUUCUCUCUAAGUCAAUGGAAACAUAAAUGUAUUGCUGUGUAAAUGUUCAUUAGCAUAAACUUUUAUGUUGUCUGACAGACAUCUUUGUCUAAUUCAAAUCUCUGCUUAACCUAUAUUUGGUUUGAUUUAUUGUAUUGCUGCCUUUGCUUGAUAUUAUAUUUGGAUCAAUGGGGUGAUUGAAUUCAAGUUUUGUGAAACAGUAGAUAGUUAUUUGUCCGGUGUUGAUGCUCAAUUACUCAUUUCUCAGAAGGAUUUUGGAGUUCCUAAUUCCAACAUAAAUAAAAUUUAUUUAUUCUUUUCCUUCUAGCCAAAUUCAUUAUCAUCUUGAUGAAGUACCAUAAAAGGAAUCUUAGCAUUUUACUGAAGUCCUUUUUGGUUAUAGUUACACAACACUAGCAUUCUAGGUGUCUUUACACCAGGUUAAGCUUCAAUACCAAUCUUGGAGAUAAUGGUAACUCUAUACAAAAUUUCAGCAUGAAUGAUCAGAUAGGAUUUUUCAUUCAUGCAUCAUUCACUUAAUUUCUUAUCACAAGGAAAAAUUCAAUGAAACAAUGUCAGUGUCUUGAUCCGUUUUCUUUAUGGUUUAAUGUUACGAAUGAUUCUUAAAUUAUAAUGAAAUGUUUUUUGUGGUACCUAACUUUUAAAAAUCUUUAAUAUGGUAUUGAACUAUUAAUCUAUUAACUAAUAUGAUAGUUAGAAUAU